UGUAAUCCAGGGCAUAUAAAGAGUGGGCCCAGAAAAUAAUUAUUUUCUCUCCAUAGGGGAUUAUCACGCUUCCUGGUUCCGGGGGCGGGAUUUGUCUUAGUUGUGCAUGAACACUUCCGGCGAAGUUCAACGAUGGCGCAAACAACAGCUAGAUGUCACUGCUCUGUACCACUUUGUGCAUCGAACAAACAACGCCAACCAUACUUACAUUUUCAUGGAUUCCCGACUGAUACUAGUCUCAGGAAGAAGUGGAUCCAAGCGGUUCGCCGGGAUGAAGGGCCAAACUUUAAAAUUAAACUAGGUAGCACGUUUGUGUGUAGCCGGCACUUCAGUGAUUCAGACUACACCAACGCUACAGCGAUAAGGAUGGCAACCAAACGGGGUGAUGUCAAGCGACUAAAAAUCGGGUCUGUACCCUCCCGUUUCCAGUGGAACAACUGGGGACUGCCAAGAAGGGAGUCCGUAUAUAAAAGAGCCUCAACUCGUUUAGGCCAUGAAGUUCACCCAGCCCUUCCUCUGGAGCAACCGCUGCCGUGUGAAGAAGAGCCGGUGGCGGAGAUUGCAGCUUCGGUGGUGCUGCCAGACCAUGAUUACGGUUCUGCUCCUAAACCAGGUGCGCUGGAUGCUGCUGCUGCACGCAUACAGCAAUUAGAGGAAACGGUAGAGGAGCUGACAAGAGAGCUGUCACAGAUGAAAGUGGGUCAUGUGCCCUUUCAAAGAUUUUGUGUCUCAGACAAGGACAUUUUAUUUUACACAAGAUUCACAUCACGAGAGGUUUUUUGUCACUUCUGGGAGGCUAUUCGACCAUCUGCCUCCAUGUUAGUGUAUUGGUCAAAAGCUCAGAAGAACCAACAAAGCUUUGAACCUAUUUCUCCCAGUCCAACACGUAGACUGCAACUGUUUGAUGAGUUUUUUCUUUUCUGCUGCCGGAUUGCUGCAGGCCUGCAAGAGAAGGUACUGGCUGACAUGUUUCAGGUCAGUGUGUCCACUGUCUCCCGUGUAGUUAUCACGUGGGCCAACUACCUUUACCUGCUCCUUGGCUCCCUCCCCAUCUGGAUGAGCAAACAGCAAGUAAAGAACACCAUGCCGCGCAAAUUUGUGCAGUACAGUCCCGAUGUUCGGGUAAUCAUCGACUGCACCGAGGUGCGAUGCCAGAAUCCGUCAUCCCUCACUCUCCAGUCUGAGGUUUUCUCCUCCUACAAAAACACGACAACCUUUAAAGCCUUGAUUGGAAUUGCCCCGUGUAGUGCUGUUACUUUUGUUUCGAGUCUCUUCACCGGCUCCAUCUCUGACCGAGAGCUGACCGAACGUUGUGGACUGCUGGAUUUGCUGGAGCCAGGAGAUGGCUGCAUGGCAGACAAGGGCUUCACCAUUGAGAAGCUGCUAGCUGACCGUGGGGCAAAGCUGAUUAUGCCACCCUUCAAGAUGACAGCGCAGUUCACCGAAGAGGAUGCUCUGAAGACGCAAGCAAUCGCCCGACUUCGAAUCCUUGUGGAAAGGGCAAUACGCCGAGUCAAGGAGUACCGCAUCUGGGAUCGCACUGUCCCUCUCACCUUGUCUGGGACAGUCAACCAGCUGUGGACCGUCUGCUGCGUGUUGACCAACUUCCAGGGACCCCUUGAUUUAAAAGGCUACAUCCCUGUAGAAUAGUGUUUACUCAAACAUAAUAAAUAUUAAAACGAGAGACACUGAACAUUUGGAGUGGUCCCUUCAUUUUUCCCGGAGCUGUAAUUCUGUAUAUAAUUGAAUGAGAAGUCUUGCAUCUAUAAUCAAUUUU